AUGCCCAGUUUUUCAGUAGUUAAAGGAAUUAUGGAAGAUGGUGCAAAACGAUGUAAUCUGAUUUCACUUGAUCAUAGCUUGCAUUUACUUGGUAAAAAUUUCAGGAGACAUUUGCAACUCCAGAAAUUGCACUCGCUUUUAAAUGUAUUGGAACUUUCUUUGGAAAGCUUAGAUAAGCGAAAUAUAUUCUCCAGGACAUUGAUUGUUUCAAAUAAACCUCUUCAGGGUGUCAAUCAAGUUUCAAACGAUGGACGGAGAGGGCAUGUUCAUGUUAAUAAUGGUAAUGAUAAUAAGAAUGAGUGGAAAACGAGAAUAUGCAGAAACUUGGUUUGCAAAUCUGGUAAAAUUAUCUUCAUUUACAUUGAAUGCUCUAAACGGAAUUCUCGUUUGUAG